AUGGAGGCGCCGAGCAGUGCCGACCCCAUGGACAUAACGGAGAAGAAAAGGAUACAGAACCGGAUGGCACAACAGAAAUACCGUAAGCUGUUCACGGUCAGAUAUCCACCACUCCGCCUCUGCCUUCGCUUACAGAGCUUCACAUCUACAGGUAAACGACUCAAGGAGAGAAUCCGGGAAUUGGAAGAGCUCAAGAAGCACAUGGGCGACAUUUCCGAACUCAAAGACCAUGUCGACGCAGCUUACUCGCCCCCUUCCACGAACAUCCAGACUGGGGCAUAUGCGACAGAAAGCACAAGCAUUGGUCUGCUACCAGAUCAGGAAAUCAGCGCUCCUGAAUCAGACAAUUGCCUGUGGGCCUUGAACUGCCCGCCGAUCAGCCCUGCCCAGUUCGACAACCACCCCGGAGUCUCACCAAGCUCGUCCCUGGAUUUUUUGUCUUCAACGUUUGAACAUCUUGAUUAUUCCUCAUCUUCGCUGUCAAGUGAGUCCCAACCACAUGUAAGUCCAUGCGCACAUGUGGCCCGUCAAUGGCCCUGCGCACUUUCUGCGCCAUCGCCCAGAGUAUCAAGUUCAUCGGCUCCGCACCAGGCGACGCGGGAUACUCAAUGCGUCAGUCCCGAGGACCAACCCUCCCCGGGGGCCGGCUGUGAGGAGCGAUUUAUCCACAUUCUCAACAGCAUACACCAAGCAGGGUAUGAGAGCAUCGAGAAAAGUAAGUUUGCCGCAUUCUCCAACCUGGACGGGCGUCCGAAGUAG